CCCGCCAGCACCGCGACUUUCGACAUCAGCGACACCGAGGAUGACGACGAUGACGUCGAUGUCGAUGAGUGUACCUCACCAAAGUGUUCAUCAGUUGGUAGGACUGAGCUCAAAACGGGUUCUUUUGAACGACCGCACGUCGUUCAGCCGGCACAUAGCAAUAAAGCCUAUGAUGAUGCAGAUGAGCACUCGGAUCACAGCUCGAACGGGGAACCAGGAAAAGCUGAAUAUUUCAGAUCGUCUUUCAUCGCUGAACGCCAACAAUGCAAAGAUUACAAACCAGCAGCUGCUUGGAAACGUGUUUCUGGAAUGACACAAUGGUGCAGAAAUAAUUGCGAAGCAGGAUUCUGUCCAGAGUCUCACUGUAUUUGCUUGAAGUGAUUCGCUGAUUUGAAAAACGUUUGAUUGAAUUCAGUUUUGCUUUUUUCCCCGUUCGGUUUUCUUUUGCAACGAUGCGAUCCGUCAUCAUAUGGUCGAGAUUUUGUUGAUAGCACAAAGAAAUUUUCCACUGAAACUGUUUGUAAGCCUAUAUCAUAUCUGUCUGCGAAUUUAGCUUUAUUUGGUUUUUUUUUAAAGAAAAUUAGAAAAAGAAUAUUCAUUUCAACGUCAGUUUCGCAAUGCUUGCUGUAUGCGUGAUGCUUUCUGUACAUAGAUUCGUUGCUCUGGAAAAUAUUUAUUUAAAUUUGAGAAAAAUGUCCUCGAAUUUGAAAAAGGCAGCCACGAGUGAGCAAAAAUGUGGCAAUAUUUCUUCCUCGUUGAAGGAGAUUCGCCAACAUUUUCUGCAACAAUUCGCUUAUUGGGCAUUGCAUGCUUACAUAGCUUUACUGAAUUUUAUUUGCUUUGAACUGCUGUAAAAACAAAACAAAAAUUGUAUACAGUGGAUGACUAAAAUUCAAAAAGAAAGGACCUUCAUUUCCCUGAUUUUUACUCUUCUUUUUUGUGUGAUUGCGUGGAUGGAAGAGUUUUGUAUCUAUACAGUAUAUAUAUCAUCAGAAUGAGUUGUACUUUAAAUUCUUGGGAUAGUGCUCGAAAUCGUCAAGAUUUAUUUGAGCACACCAAGUAGAAAGGAAAAGCGAUGAGGACACCUAGUCAUGAUGUACACACACAAAAAAACUAACAAGCGACAAAAUCAUUGCGUUGUUUGAAGUUUCAUUGUGCAUUAUGUUGCUUACUAAAAGCAGUUGAAUAAACGAUUGUUGAUUCCAUGCGUGAAA